CAAAACAGAGCACUGGUUGGGGCAUUUGCGCCUGGUGAGCUUGCAGUUAUCAAAGAGACUUUUGCUGGGGUUACUGGAGAACAUUACAAAUCCCCGAUCAGCUGCCCACCAGCCUGACUCCACAAAUAAGCUUCUAGAAGAGCAAGGCCCCUGCUUUUAGGCUUUCCCUGGUUAGUGGUGGUCUCUUCAGAGCAGUGGGCUGGCCCGUUGUGAAUUAGACGGUUGCCAAACAAACUCCAAACACUCUCCACAUCUGAGCAGCCAGAUACCCAUCUCCACACAGAAUAGGGAGGAAGAAAAAAGUUCUGCAAAGAAGGGAGCACAUGAUUGGGGAUUUUAAGUUGGUGUCAUGGAUGAGUCCGCGCUGUCCCUUGGUACCAUAGAUGUUUCUUACCUGUCAAAUUCUUCAGAAUAUAGUGUCAAUAGAUGCAAACACUCAGGUGAAGAAUGGGGAGAUUGUGGUUUCAGGCCCACUGUCUUCCGAUCAGCAACUUUAAAGUGGAAGGAAAGCUUAAUGAACAGGAAGAGGCCUUUUGUGGGACGAUGUUGCUACGUUUGUACUCCCCAGAGCUGGGACAAGUUUUUCAACCCAAGUAUCCCUUCUUUAGGACUUCGGAAUGUUAUUUAUAUCAAUGAAACUCAUACAAGACAUAGAGGAUGGCUGGCAAGACGUCUUUCAUAUGUCCUUUUUGUUCAAGAGCGGGAUGUUCAUAAGGGCAUGUUUGCCACCAAUGUGACUGAAAAUGUAUUGAACAGUAACAGAGUACAGGAGGCAAUCGAAGAAGUGGCUUCUGAAUUGAAUUCUAGUGAUGAUUCUGCUCAACAGCAAUCAAAAUCUAUCAGCAAAGUGAAAAAGCGAGCUAAGCAGAUUCUCCAAGAAAUGGUUGCUAAUGUCUCACCAGCAAUGAUCAGGCUCACUGGAUGGGUGCUACUAAAACUUUUCAACAGCUUCUUUUGGAGUGUUCAGAUUCACAAAGGUCAACUUGAGAUGGUCAAAGCAGCCACUGAAAUGAAUUUGCCUCUUAUCUUCCUACCAGUUCAUAAAUCCCAUAUUGAUUAUCUGCUACUCACAUUCGUUCUUUUCUGCCAUAACAUCAAAGCACCAUACAUCGCUGCUGGCAAUAACCUGAACAUACCCAUCUUCAGUACACUGAUCCAUAAGCUUGGAGGCUUUUUCAUACGACGAAGGCUAGAUGAGACAACAGAUGGACGAAAAGAUACUCUUUACAGAGCUCUACUUCAUGGACAUAUAGUAGAACUACUGCGACAACAACAGUUUUUGGAGAUCUUUUUGGAAGGAACACGUUCUCGGAGUGGAAAAGCCUCCCAUGCUAGGGCAGGCCUCUUGUCUGUGGUAGUGGAUACUCUUUCUACCAAUACCAUUCCUGACAUCUUGAUAAUCCCUGUUGGAAUCUCCUAUGAGCGGAUUAUUGAAGGUCACUACAAUGGUGAACAACUGGGUAAACCCAAGAAGAAUGAGAGUUUGUGGAGUGUGGCAAGGGGAGUCUGUCGGAUGUUGCGUAAAAACUUUGGUUGUGUCAGAGUGGACUUUGCACAGCCAUUCUCCUUAAAGGAAUACCUGGAGAGUCAAAGUCAGAAACCUAUGCCUGCCCCACUUUCCCUGGAGCAAGCUUUGUUACCAGCUAUACUUCCUUCAAGACCUAAUGAUGAUGCUGCUCAUGAAGGUAGAGAAGCUACAGUUAAUGAAUCCAGAAAUGCAAAUGAUGAGUCAUUCAGGAGGAAGUUAAUAGCAAAUCUUGCUGAGCACAUUAUGUUUACUGCUAAUAAGUCAUGUGCUGUUAUGUCAACACACAUCGUGGCCUGUUUACUACUCUAUAGACACCGGCAGGGAAUUGAUCUUUCUACAUUGGUAGAAGACUUUUUCAUUAUGAAGGAGGAAGUACUGGCUCGGGAUUUUGAUCUGGGGUUCUCAGGAAAUUCAGAAGAUGUUGUCAUGCAUGCAAUACAGCUUCUGGGAAACUGUGUAACCAUUACCAACACCAGCCGAAAUGAUGAAUUCUUCAUUACUCCAAGCACAACUAUUCCUUCUGUUUUUGAACUUAAUUUCUACAGCAAUGGGGUGCUACACGUCUUUUUCAUGGAGGCCAUUAUGGCUUGCAGCCUUUACGCCAUCCUGAAUAAAAGGUGCUCUGGGGGUACUGGGGGUGUAUCACCCAGCAUGAUUAGCCAGGAACAGCUUGUCCGUAAGGCUGCUGGCUUAUGUUAUCUGCUUUCUAAUGAAGGCACCAUAUCACUACCUUGCCAGACAUUUUACCAAAUUUGUCAUGAAGCAGUGGGAAGAUUUAUACAGUAUGGCAUUCUUGUAGUAGCUGAGCAAGAUGAUCAAGAAGAUAUUAGCCCUGGACUCACAGAACAGUCCUGGGACAAGAAACUUCCUGAACCUUUGUCUUGGAGAAGUGAUGAAGAAGACGAGGAUAGUGAUUUUGGUGAAGAGCAGAGAGAUUGCUACCUAAAGGUGAGCCAGUCCAAAGAACACCAGCAAUUCCUCACUUUCUUGCAGAGGUUACUUGGCCCUUUGUUAGAAGCUUACAGCUCAGCUGCCAUCUUCAUUCAUAACUUCAGUGGCCCUGUCUCGGAACCAGAGUAUCUGCAGAAGUUACACAAAUAUUUAAUAACUAGAACAGAAAGGAAUGUUGCUGUAUAUGCUGAGAGUGCUACAUAUUGUCUUGUGAAGAAUGCAGUGAAAAUCUUUAAGGAUAUUGGGGUUUUCAAGGAGACAAAACAAAAGAGAAUAUCAAUUUUGGAACUCAGCAACACUUUUCUACCUCAGCAUAACCGGCAGAAACUCCUGGAAUACAUUUUAAGCUUUGUUGUGCUAUAGAAGAAUGGCCGCACCUUUGCCUAGAGAGAAAAAUACAGGGGCUGGGGAGGGGGGUGGAGGGGGGAGUGUGAGGCCAGCAUCGUCUCCAGGAUUUCACUGGCCCAACAGUUUGAGGUGCCAUUGUGUGGUAGGACCUUAUCUGACUGCAUCCACUGGAAGACAAGUGCCUUCUUCCCUCCAUGGAUUUGUGAUAAUCCUCAUUCUGCGGUAAUAUAAUAACCUACAGUUAACACUUGGAUUUAGCCUCAAUUUGCAGAUGGAAAUCAGUAGACUGAACAAUGAAAUCUCAGUAAAUUAUUUUGAAUUUUGUUGAAUAGCUUCAUUUUAAAUAACUGCUUUUAAGGUCUAAUUACUGUGACUUUUGCAAAAAUGUAGUGAUAAGCAAAAGCCCCAAGCUUGUUUAGCAAACUUAGUACUUUCAGCAAAUCCAUCAGGAUUUUAGUGCUUUUAAAAAUAAGUUAAUCAUCCAAUUCACUGACCUUUUUACUACCUUUUAAAAACCAGAGUAAUAUUAUUUUUCACAUAUGCACCUUUCAUUCAAAAGCUCUUUAAAAAUUGAAUGGGCUAAUGCAAAUUGUUGCUUGGGAUCAAUGUUGUUUUCUUUGGCGUCUGCUAUAGAAGCUGUUUUAGAGCUGCAUGAAACGAAAUAAUAGCUUAGGUCAAGAAAUUAAAAUCAAUAUAAAUAAUAUAGCAGGGAAUAAAUCAAGUAGGCAGAGUUCAAAAGAAGCUGGCCAAGUAUCUUUCACUUUUGCAAAAAGUGCCAUUGAGUUUUUAUUGACCACAGUAUACAACUGAUUAUUCAGGUAGUGUUCAGGACCUCCUGUUUUAUAUCCUCCUUCACAAGGUAUGCACCUUUCACAGCAUUGUGUCUCUGCUUCUUUCCGAAGUAUGAAGGAAAUUGCCACCUUCUGGAUUGUCCAGAACUGAUUUAUUUCUGUAGCAUCCGGGUGCUUUUUGGAAAGCUCCCACCCAGCCAUGGAUUUAGCUUAACUUGGCUUCUCUUCAGGUGAUAAGAUCUGAGUCUGUGGUGCUGUGGCUGGAGGGCCACUGCUUUGUCACUGCUUUUGAAGUCAUUGUGUGGGGGACAACAUUUAGCUUUGUGAAAAGUCUGUGGUUCUUCCAAAUUACAGGAAAAUUACAUGCCAAAACCCAUCAUGUUCAAUUGUUACUGAGACUACACAGUGGCAAAUAAUUAUGAAAGGUUGUCUGUUUAUAAUGGGCAUGUGCCAUUUUGUCCGCUGACAGCAUAAUUGUAUGUUAAUUGCACUAAUAUUGAUGUUCCCUUAAGGAUAAUGUGACAUUAUAAUGUUUUGUAAUGGCCUUCUGCUCAUUAUCUUCAUGCUAUUAUGAAAUUAAGAGUUUUCCCCCAAUGAAUGUAAUUAAAUCUAAUGUAAAAUUACUAAGACUUGUUAAUACUGACAACUUUGAUUUUAAAUACUAUUUAAUAGUAUCUCUUGAAAGAUCAGGGAUUUUUGGAUACAUGUUAUUAACUGGCAUUGCACAAAAAUUUUCACUUAAAAUGCCCAGCAAUGAUGCUGUAAUCUUGUAAUCUUUCUUUUUUUUUUGGGGGGGUGAGACAAUUGGGGUUAAGUGACUUGCCCCCCAAGGUCACACAGCUAGUUAAGUGUCAAGUGUCUAAGGCCGGAUUUGAACUCAGGUUCUCCUGAAUCCAGGACUGGUGCUUUAUCUACUGCACCACCUAGCUGCCCUGUAAUCCUUCUUAAGAGUAAAAUUGCAGGUUAAAUCACGACUUAAUCUUUAAUAAUGCUCUCUGGAAAACUAAGCAAAUGAUGAUUUUGAUAGUAAACUAAUCUGAAGUGUCUGCACUUCCUUUUGGUCCCCUUGUGUUCUAAAUCACUGUUGGAGGGGGCAGCAUGAUGAUGAAAUUCAUAUUUUAACAUUCUAGUUUAUCAGCCAGGCUAGCAAGGAAUGAACACAUGUACAUUAGGUAGGACACUACUUAAAUACUUAAGGGAACUUCCUUUUGUUCAUAGUUUUGCUUUAUCAUGGAAAGCAGACCUUUUUAUUUUUUAUUUUUUUAAAUCUAUCUUAGAGGAUUUGGGUAAAUCCAGCAAAUUUCACCCUUUUUUUAAUUCCCCAAAUUUCAAUCCAAGACUUUCCCAGCUCUGUUGUACUUUGCUAAUAAGCUGAUAUGGGAAGGUCCACUGCACAAUCACUUUAGCAAGGAUCUGCUCUAUACAACCUGAGCCUGGGUUUUUUUGUUUGUUUGUUUGUUUUGUUUCUUGUUGGUACUUUUGGAUCCUACCCUUCCAUAUCUUUUCUAAAAGUCCUGUCAGAUGCUUUGGAAAGUGCAGAGAAUGAUCUUACCACUUAACUAACUCACUGUGAGCAUAAAUAAAUAUGCAUGCUUUUUGUUAUUAACAGGUGCUUUGAAAACUUUUUUUAAGGAAGAAAAAUCUCAACCAAAGUUACACUAAUUCAGAGAUUCUGACACCAGAGAUAGUUUAGAAUAAUGCACUAUUCAUUGCCUCAGUUACUGGAAUACAUUUAGUUAAUUUGUAGUGAAACUGCAAAAGACAGAGCUCCAUCCCACUUGACUAUAGCCAAAGCAUACUCUUUGCUAACAGAGAUUUUUUCUGUGUAAUAUUUUCUUAAAGCUGGUGGCUUCCAUUUAACGCUAAACAAACUAGGUGCUUGUAAAUACUUUGUUAUGGUUUACUAUACCGCAUGCGCUUAUGUCAAUCCCAAGUGCAUGUUCUCUAGGGGAAGACUGUGAACAAAGGACAGACCAAGCAAUAUGAAACUUCACUCUUCUUAAUGACAAUGUCCUGUGUAAUUCAGACUAGCAGGGAAAGAAGCACUUCUUUCUCUCUUAAAAAAAACAAAACCCAACAGAAUGAAAUCUGUUGAACUAGAACAGAAGGUACUUUAUAGGUGUGAGAAGGAAGGAGUUGAGAUGCGUGAGGAGAAUACUAUCUAAAUCUUGAUUACUGUGAAUUUAGAUUAUGAGCAGUUUGGAAAAGAUUUAAUGUAUAUUUUAGACACUUUAAAAGAUCAGUGAUAAAAGAUGAAAUCACACUGAAACAAAAGGUAACUUGCAUGUUUUUUGUGAUCAUGUUGCAUAUAAUGGGUGUUAUUAUGUGAGCGUGUGUAUUCGUGUGUAUAUAUGUGCAUAUACACACACAUCUGCACACUUUUAUAUUUCCCCUGGAGCUAAGAAGCACAGAAAACUAUUGAGAUGGUGGGUUGCUAAAGAGAGAAGCCUUUCUUUUGGAGGGUUAGCCUCAAGUCUGGUUCAUCUGAAAGAUCUUGGAUCUCUAUAGAAAGUAAAAGAGCUGUUGUUUUGAUUUGGGGUAAAUGGAUUUAUUCAUGAUAAGGACCUAGAAGUCAAUAUUGGCAUGGCUGAAUGCAGAUUGAUGUGAACAAGUAGUUCUAGAAUUGAGAUAGGAUGGAACCUGUCCAUUGAUUUUUGCUGAUUCUAGUUCGGAAAAGUUAGAAUGUAAAAAUCAAUUUUUUGGUUCUUUUUAGGAACUGGAGACUUGGUACCUUGCAUUUUAGUUUAAUAGAAACUAAUGAUUACAUUUUGAAAGAGAAAUUUUUGAUCUUGUUCUAAUAUCCUGAACUCUGAAAUGCCUUGAUGGCAGUUUUUAAACUACUUGCCUGUUUCUGUAUAUAAAAACAAAUUAAUAUUGUAAAAAAUAUUGAUAGAAAAUGUUGUAAAAAUAACUGUGAGUCUGUGAACUAAACUAGUUUGGAAAUGUUAGCUAAUUUCUAUGCCUGUUAAAUGUCAUGUCAAAAGCACAGAAAUGUAGUUUUAUUAUAAUAAAUUACAAAAUCACAAUG